AUGGAAAGUAAAGCCAAGGUGGUGGUUGUCUAUGGCGGAACAAGGUCCAUGCCUAUCUUGCGAACAAUGGCAGCACUUGCUGAAUUGGAAAAUGUGACCAAAACAUCUGAGGGGAAGGUGUGGAUUAUGACAGCACAGCUGGAGUUCACAGCAUUAACCUAUCAAAUGACCUGGGAUAUUCAAGCCUUCCAGGGUUCCCUCUACUUUGCAGUUCAUUCAAAUGUGGUACAAGGAUUCAAAUCCUUUCUUGAGGCACAAAAUCCCUUUGAGACAAAUGGAAAUGGCUUUGUCAAGCAGUUAUGGGCACAAGUCUUUCUUUGUUUAUUUCCAAAGUCCAGUACAGAGGAGCAGCCCAGUGGAACCUGCACUGGAGAGGAGAAGCUGGAAGAUCUCCCUUUGUCUGGCUUUGAGAUGAGCAUAACUGGUCACAGCUAUAGUCUCUAUAAUGCUGUCUAUGCCAUAGCACAUGCUCUACAUGCCAUGUUCCUGCCUGGAGCCAAAUAUAGGGUAGUGGUGGAAGGAGAGAUGCAGGAGAUUCAACCUUGGCAGAACUCCACACACACCAAAUUCACAUUUAGAGUGAGCAGAACAAAUAGCUUUAUUGCCCAUUUCCUCCCAAGGUGUGUCUCAUUUAACAACUCUGCUGGGGAAACGGUAUCUUUUAGUCCAAACAGGGAAGUAGAAGCUGGCUUUGAUAUUACCAACCUGGUCACUUUUCCAAAUAACUCCUUCAUGAGAGUCAAGGUUGGAAGGGUGUCACCCCUAUCGGUCUGUAACCCAAGUUGUCCUCCUGGUUCCAGGAAGGAAAAGAAGGAGGGGGAGCCAUUCUGCUGCUAUGAUUGUGCUCCAUGUCCUCAUGGCAAGAUUUCGUCCCAGAAGGACAAGGAAGAUUGCACUGCGUGCCCCGAAGAUCACUAUCCAAACAUGGAACAAUCACAAUGCAUUCCAAAGACCAUCAGUUUCCUGUCUUUUCAAGAAUCUCUGGGGAUGAGCUUAGCGUUGCUUGCUCUUUCUCUCUCUCUCCUCACAGUGGUGGUCCUAGCCAUCUUCAUUAAACAUCAGGACACACCCAUUGUCAGAGCAAACAACCGGGACCUCACCUACACUCUCCUCAUUUCACUCCUGCUCUGCUUUCUCUGCCCAUUGAUCUUCCUCAGCCCUCCAGAAAGAGUGAGCUGCCUGCUCCGACAAAUGGCUUUUGGUGUUGUUUUCACAGUGACUGUUUCUUGUGUUCUGGCCAAAACUAUCACGGUGGUUCUGGCCUUUGUGGCCACCAAACCAGGGUCCCAAAUGAGGAAGUGGGUGGGGAAAAGACUUGGAAGCGCCAUUGUGUUUUCUUGUUCCCUUAUCCAAGCGGGCAUUUGUACUGUGUGGUUGGGAACCUCUCCCCCAUUUCCUGAUUCCGACAUGCACUCUGUGAUGAGAGAAAUCAUUCUAGGCUGUAACGAAGGAUCAGUUGCCCUGUUUUACUGUGUCCUGGGCUACAUGGGCUUUUUGGCCAUUAUCAGCUUUGUUGUGGCCUUUUUUGCCAGGAAACUGCCUGACAGCUUUAAUGAGGCCAAAUUCAUCACCUUCAGCAUGUUGUUGUUUUGUAGUGUUUGGAUCUCCUUUGUUCCGGUCUACCUGAGCACCAAGGGGAAAUACAUGGUGGCUGUGGAGAUCUUCUCCAUCUUGGCCUCCAGUGCUGGCUUAAUGGGCUCCAUUUUUGCUCCCAAAUGCUACAUCAUUUUGUUGAGGCCUGAUCUGAACAGCAAGGAGCAGUUAAUAAAGAGGAAAUAA